AUUCAAGAAAACAAUAAACCUUUCUUCAGAUAUUUCUCCUUCUUUUCAGUUUCUAACAUGAUUGGAUUGUUUAUCCUCGAUUCUCAGACCCUUUCUGAGGUAUUUUGUUGGAUUGUAACUCAUCCUGCUACUGCUACGGUUGCCAAAGAAGUGAUAGAACAACCUAAUGUCAACCUUGAAUCUCUAGGACAGGUGAUAUUAAAUCUUGUUAAUGCUCCUACUGCCUUAUCUACUGCUCCGGGUACCAAACCUUGGUAUUUCGAUUCUAGUUGUUGUAACCAUAUGUCUUCAAUUACUGCUCAUUUCUCUUCAAUGUCACCUAAUAAUUCCUUUCCUGAUAUUUAUUCUGCUGAUGGUUCCCCUAUGAAUGUUAGUCACGUUGGUAAUGUUUCUACAAAGUCAUUGACUUUACCAAAUGCCCUUUUAGUUCCAAAACUUAGUUAUAAUCUUCUAUCUGUCGGUCAAUUAUGCGAUCUUGGUCUUGAAGUAACAUUUUCUGCUCAUGGUACAUCUGAUGAGCUCUACAAUGCCUCACCACAUGCUCCAACCAGUUCUGUAGAAGAUGAUCUGCCUACUGGUAAUGCAUUAGAUAAUUUUAAGCCUUCUUCUACUUCCUCGUCUACAAAUGAGCUUGUUGUCCCAUCCUCGAGUCAUCCUACUCGGCCUGCGCCCCCGCACGCCCAGCCUAGCUGCACCAGCCCUGCACCUACGCCCGAGCCUUGCACCUACGCCCCUGCUCCCUGCUCUGCGCCCAGAUCGUCUGCACUCUGCCCCAGCCUGCACCCUGCACCCUGCACACCCGAGCCAUCAUGCCCCUACGCCCCUGAUGCUGCACCAAAUCAGCCCUUGCCGCCUGCUGCGCCGAACCCACGUUGCUUGCACGCCUGCACUCUGCGCCAGCAAUCAUGCCCUCUGCACCGAGCCAUGCCCCUGCCUCUACUCGCUACAGUACAUGCCAGACAAAGUCUUCAUCAUUACUGAUUGACGGAUCAAGUUUUUAUUUUAUUUCAUCUUAUUUUAUUUGGGUAUAUAUAUAGGAAAAAUCAGAAUGAAGAGGGGGGAUUUUUUUUGGAGUUAGGGGGUUGGUUAGUUUUUGAAGUUUGAUAGAGAGGAGAGGUCGGUAUUGAUUUUGGGGGGGUUGAUUUCGGGUCUGUUGCUGGGAGAUUGGUUGUGGUUGAUCUGGGGGGUUUUUCUGGUUGAUUUUCGGAGCUGGAAGGGGAUUUCUUCUGUUAUUGAGUGUGGCCGGUUCUGAUUUUGGAGGUUGAUUUGGGAGUCAUUGUUCUUGGUUUCGGGGGAAAGGAGAGAGAAGAAAACCGAGUUGAUUCCGGCUAGAUUCCGGCAGUAUUUCAGCCUCCUUUUGCUAGGUAUUUUCCUGCAACAGAGGAGUCUUUUUGGAGAGGCAGUGAAGGGAAUGAUCUGGGCUUGAUCUCGUGGGUGAGAUCCGCCAGAUCGGACUCCGAUCUGUUACCCAGAAAGCUCCGCCGUGUUUGCUUCUUUUGUCUUUCUGUUUCCGUGACAUGCUUUUGUGAUAUUUACGUUUGUAUAUGUUUAUUGAAAAUCAAUGAAAGAUAAAAAAAAAUGUUCAGUUUGUUUUGUGUGAUGGUUGUGUUUGUAUGAAUGUUUUAUGUUAUUUUAUUUUUAUCUGGAAUGAAUGUGUUCUUUAAAA